AUGGCCCCUGCCUCCACCUCGGACCUCGUCAUCCUCGGCCUCGGCGCCGUCCUCGCUGGCGUCUACCUCUUCAAGGACCAGAUUUUCUCCAGUUCGAAACCGAAGACCGCCGUCCCGCUCCAGCAAAAGGGCGGCUCCAAUGGCUUCUCCAACCCGAGGGACUUCAUCGAGAAGAUGAAGGCCGGUAAAAAACGCCUGCUCAUCUUGUACGGAUCUCAGACGGGCACGGCGGAGGAGUAUGCGAUCCGCUUGGCCAAGGAGGCCAAGACGAAAUUCGGCUUGACGUCGCUGGUAUGCGACCCGGAGGAGUACGACUUUGAGAACCUCGACCUCGUCCCGGAAGACUGCUGCGUGUUCUUCGUCAUGGCUACCUACGGAGAGGGAGAACCCACCGACAACGCUGUCCAGCUCUGCCAGAACCUUAGCGACGACUCGUUCACUUUCUCCAAGGGCGAGCACCGGCUCGACGGCCUCAAGUACGUCAUCUUCGGCCUGGGCAACAAGACCUACGAGCACUACAACCUCAUCGCGAGGAAAACGGACGAGCAGCUCGCCGCCAUGGGUGCCGUCCGCAUCGGAGAGCGUGGUGAGGGUGACGACGACAGGAGCAUGGAGGAGGAUUACCUGGAAUGGAAGGACGGCAUGUGGGAGGCUUUCGCCAAGGCGAUGAACGUCGAGGAGGGCCAGGGCGGCGACACCCCCGACUUCACGGUCUCUGAGCUCACGGACCACCCUGAAGAGAAGGUCUAUCUCGGUGAACUGUCGGCUCGCGCUCUUACCAAGACCCGCGGCAUUCAUGAUGCGAAGAACCCGUACCCGGCGCCGAUCAAAGUUGCGCGCGAGUUGUUCGCAGCCGGUGCUGACCGCAACUGCGUCCACAUCGAGCUCGACAUCGAAGGUUCCGGUAUCUCGUACCAACACGGCGACCACGUCGGAGUCUGGCCGUCGAACGCUGAAGUCGAGGUUGAGCGUCUUCUCUGUGUCCUCGGCCUCCACGACAAGCGCGAUACCGUCAUCAACAUUGAGUCACUCGACCCGGCCCUCGCCAAGGUUCCCUUCCCGGUUCCCACCACCUACGGCACCGUCCUCCGUCACUACGUCGACAUCAGCGCCCUUGCCGGUCGUCAGAUCCUCGGCACGUUCUCCAAGUUCGCCCCCACCCCGGAAGCGGAGGCGACCCUCAAGAAGCUCAACACCAACAAGGAGCACUACGCCGCGGUUGUGCACGACAGCUGCCUCAAGGUCGGAGAGGUUCUCCAGCUCGCCGCCGGAAACGACAUCCACGCCGUCCCCAAUCCGGAGAACACGACCGUCUGGAACAUCCCCUUCGACAUCAUCGUUUCGUCCCUCAACCGCCUCCAGCCCCGGUACUACUCCAUCUCCUCCAGCCCGAAGAUGCACCCGAACGCGAUCCACGUCACCGCCGUCGUCCUCAAGUGGCAGUCGUCCCACAACGAGCACGUCCCGGAGCGGUGGGUGUACGGCGUCGGCUCCAACUUCCUUCUCAACCUCAAGUACGCCGCGAAUGGCGAGGACGCGCCGUUGCUCGCGGAGCCUGCGGACAAGCCCGAGCCUGGCGUCGUUAUGCAGCCUCCGCGGUACAAGAUCGAAGGCCCCCGUGGCGCUUACAAGACGGAGAACCUGUACAAGGUUCCUAUCCACGUCCGCCGCUCGACUUUCCGUCUGCCCACCAACCCUCGCAGCCCGGUGAUCAUGGUUGGCCCUGGCACUGGUGUUGCGCCUUUCCGUGGAUUCAUUCAGGAACGUGUUGCUCUCGCCCGUCGUACGCUUGAGAAGAACGGCCCGGACGCGCUCGCUGACUGGGGCCGCAUCACGCUCUUCUACGGCUCGCGCAAGUCGACGGAGGACUUCCUGUACAAGGACGAGUGGCCGCAGUACAUGGAGGAGCUCAAGGGCAAGUUCGUCAUGCACAACGCCUUCUCCCGCGAGCCGCCGUACAAGCCCGACGGCAGCAAGAUCUACGUCCAGGACUUGAUCUGGGAGGACCGGGAGCACAUCGCGGACGCGAUCCUCAACGGCAAGGGCUACGUGUACAUCUGCGGUGACGCCAAGAACAUGAGCAAGUCCGUCGAGGACACGCUGUGCAGGAUAUUGGGCGAGAAGAAGGGCGGCACGGCCGAGGUCGAGGGCGCCGCCGAGCUGAAGCUGCUCAAGGAGCGGUCGAGGCUGAUGUUGGAUGUCUGGAGCUGA